UUAGUUGCGAAAGAAAAUCAAUUCCAAAUAUUUUCGUGGCAAAGUGCAAUUUAGCGAAAGAAAAAUCAAAACCCUAGACUCCGUCACAGAAAGUAAGUCCCGAGAAUCAACGAUCGUUCCUAAAACUCUCGAUUGCGCGCAAUCGGUCUUCGCCUUCCAUUGCCCUCGUUUUUCUUCAUUAUCUGACAAUUUUCAGACAGAUAUAACCAGUUUUUAAGUUCAUGGCUGGUCAGAGGAAUAGUUACGCAAAGCGUAAUCGUUCUCAGUCUGAUUAUUCUGAAAAUGGAGGGAACAAAAGAAGAAGUCAUGGUGAGGACCGGGACCAGUUUAUUAUAGAUCCAGAAGAUACUGUUUACCGGUAUUUGUGCCCUGUUAAAAAGAUUGGAAGUGUUAUUGGAAGGGGAGGUGAGAUAGUGAAGCAGUUAAGGAUAGAUACUAAAUCAAAGAUUAGAAUUGGAGAAACAGUGCCUGGAUCUGAUGAGCGUGUCAUAACAAUCUACAGCGCAAGCAAUGAGGCUAAUGCUUUGGAAGAAAGUAGUGAUUAUAGUUCUCCAGCUCAGCAGGCUUUGUUCAAAGUCCACCAUAGAGUUGUGGCCGAUGACCUAAUGGGCGAGGAAUCUGAAGGAGGAAGUCACCAGGUUACAGCUAGACUUCUUGUACCCUCUGAUCAAAUUGGUUGUAUUAUUGGGAAAGGUGGGCAGAUUGUCCAGAAUAUUCGCACUGAGACUGGGGCCCUGAUUCGCAUUCUUAAGGAUGAUCAUUUACCCCGUUGUGCUCUGAGUUCUGAUGAACUUGUGCAGAUAUCUGGUGAACCCCCGAUUGUGGAGAAAGCCUUAUACCAGAUUGCAUCUCGACUGCAUGAAAAUCCUUCACGAUCUCAGCAUCUACUUGCUUCUGCCAUACCUGGUGUAUAUCCUUCUGGUGGUUCGCUUGUGGCUUCUACACAUGGUGCUCCAAUUAUGGGUUUAGCUCCUUUGGUCAGUCCAUAUGGAGGUUAUAAAGGGGACAGUGGUAAUUGGUCCAGGUCUUUAUAUUCAGCUCCAAGGGAAGAAUUAUCUUCAAAAGAAUUUUCUCUUCGAUUGAUAUGUCCAACCGAAAACAUUGGAGGUGUCAUUGGCAAAGGUGGAGCUGUAAUCAAUCAGAUUAGACAGGAGACUAAGGCUGCCAUAAAAGUUGAUAGUUCAGCUACUGAAGAAGAUGAUUGUUUGAUAAAUAUAUCAUCAAAGGAGUUCUUUGAAGAUUCAUAUUCUCCCACGCUGGAAGCUGCAUUGCGCUUGCAACCAAGGUGCAGUGAGAAAGUAGAAAGAGAUUCUGGAAUUAUUUCAUUCACAACCCGUCUGCUUGUGCCUACCUCACGAAUUGGUUGCCUAAUUGGUAAAGGUGGAGCUAUCAUUACCGAGUUGAGAAGGCUCACCAAAGCUAAUAUUCGAAUACUGUCAAAGGAAAACCUCCCCAAGGUUGCCUUGGAAGAUGAUGAAAUGGUGCAGAUAUCCGGGGAUCUUGAUGUUGCCAAGGAGGCUCUUGUUCAUAUAGUGACCAGGUUGAGAGCCAACCUUUUUGAUAGAGAAGGUGCUCUCUCAGCUGUUCUGCCUGUUCUGCCGUAUCUUCCUCUAUCAGCUGAUGGUUCAGAAAGUCUAUAUGAUGGUAGAGAAGGCAAAAGACAUGGGCGUGGGCAUUCUUAUUCUAGUAGUUAUGGGGGUUUCACGGAUUUGGCUGCUGGUGAUGGUUAUGGAAGUUACAGUGGCUCACAGAUUGGUGGUGGUGGUAGUGCUUAUGGGGCCUAUGGAAGCUUUUCCAUGGGACGAAGUGGUAGUUCAGGGGUUUCUGGACAAAGCAAUGUUUCUCGGAGGAGAAACUAUUCCUAGAUUUUGGUGGUCAUUAUUUACAGGUAUGCUAUUUCGUCUCCCUUGGGGCAGGAUUAAAGAGAGAAAAUACGGAAGAAAAGAUAACUUUUACCUGUUUAGAACAUUCGCCAACACACCACUGACAAUUGAUAGUUUGAUAAAAAUAAGCUAUCCGGUCUCCCUCUGCUCAAAAUUCUGAUACAGUUAUUUUCCCCUUGCCUUUCCCUUCCCAUUAAAACAGCUGAGAUUUAUGAAGCCUGAGGCCAGCCUACUGCCUUAACCUGAAGACCAGAUGAACCAGGGUUUGACAUAUUCAUGGCCCACCUUGAUGCUACCUUUAGAUGGACCAUGCCUGAAGAUCUUGUUGCUCUUAAUUUUAACUCAUCCACAUACCAAGAUGACCUUGCAUAAGAUCUUGAGCUCCUAAUAACCUACUAGCCGAAAUGCCUUGGUUUUUUGUUGUUUUUCCUUCUCAAAGAUUGAACUAUGAAACCGUGUUGACUUCCAGAUUGGACAGAUGUGGAGUUUUCGUUUUGUGUGGUUUACUGCUAUAAGAUUUGAUUAGAACUCAUGAUGUGCACUCAUUAUCUCCUCAAAAUUCUGUUUUAUUUUUUCCUUUUUACCCUUGAGUGCACCCUAUUCUGCAUCGUCUCCUAAAUGUGCUGGGAUUAAAUGUCGCACUCUGCUCUCUUGCACCCCCAAUGGACAUUCAUUUUUAUGGCGCUAAAACAUUCCUACUUUAGACUCUAAUUUCUGAAAAAGGAAAAGGUUUGGUAUCAAGCCUCAGGUUGGAACCUUUAGCGAGCUUAAUAAGAAAAACCCUCGAUGUUUCGGGUCUUGGCCUUGGGGUGGGUGCGCCGGUGCCUUCGGGUUUGUGAGAGUGGGUCAUCGGAAAUAUUGAGUUAUAAAAAAAGAAGAUGGUUUGAGAAGUAAGAAAACAAAAGGAAAGGGGUCAGUUUGAUUUCUUAUUCUUUUUGCUAUAUUCAUUAAACACUGAAUCUGGAAAUAAUAUGUGCUUAAAGAUGAAUGCUGUUUUAGUUUAUUAUCCAGUAAGUGAAGAGACUAUAUUAAGGCCAGCCAGUGGCAUUCUAUACUCGACAGGGCAAGCUUGGUCCGCUAUAGUUUGAAAAUGCAUUGGUUUGUUCAUUGUUUAUAGUGGUCAGGCAAGUUUUUGUAGAACUCAUAAUGCCUUGCAGUCUUUUUUGUUUCUUAUAUUAUUUUGGAUUUACAGUAUUUUAUCUUCAAAAGGAUUUUUUCUGUCAACAUAGCUAUGAGGUCAAGCCGAAACAUCUGUGCCAGGUUACUGGUACUGUUGGUACCUCAAAAAAGUACACCCUUCCUCUGUGCAAGGAUAUAACAUUUUCUGACCCUAGAGAUGGCCUGUGCUCUGAGUCUCUGGUCCUUGCAUGGAAACUUGGCAGCUGGAAGUAAUAUUAUUAGCUGUUGCUGAAUGCAACUGGAGUUUUAUACUCAUUUUGACCUUGGAAGGUUUUAGAAAAUGAAUGUUUUAGGUAAACUGCUCGUACAGAUUGUUAGUGUUUGGAACGAAACUGAGUUCUUCGAGCUGUGAAGAGCUGUCUUCAAAUCAAAUGGUUGCUUCAUUUUGGGGCCUCAGGUUAGUUUGGAGCUGAUGACAAGAAUAGAGCAGGCUUGGACGAGAAGAUUGAAUUGAUAGUUGAGGUAAAUGGGGGAAUGCUUGUAUUUUUCUUUUUAAAUUUUAUACAACUCUCGUAAUGCUAUUCUUUAAAUCCAUUUUAAUGUAGAAAAUUGUGUGGCAGUUUCUGA